GCACACAACCCAUCUUACCUCUAUCCUUCUCGUCAUCUCUUCUGGUCUCUCGUUCCGAGAGUGCCCUUGUCGGCCGCCGUCCAUUACCACCCCCUCCAACCUCAGACACCCGCUCACAAUGGACUUCACCGAACUCUACAAACAAACCUCCAACCUCUGCCGCUUCUCCCCCGACGGCCGCUACCUCGCCACCGCAGUCCAAUUCCGAGUCGUCAUCCGCGACGCAGAAACCCUUCAAAUCCUCCACUUAUUCACCUGCACAGAUUCCGUCCAACUCGUAGAGUGGUCCCCGGACUCGCAGCUCGUGUGUUGCGCGUCGCUGAAACUGGGCGUCGUGCAGGUGUGGAGUUUGCUGGAUGAGGAGUGGACGGCGAAGAUUAGUGAGGGCGUUGCCGGAUGUACGAACGUCGUGUGGACGCCGGAUUCGAGGCAUUUACUGAGCUUUUCAGAGUUUCAGCUCCGCACAACAGUCUGGUCCCUCACCACAAAAGACGCCUGCUACAUGCAAUACCCGAAAUACUCCGACAAGGGCUUCUGUUUCCGUCGCGACGGCAAGUACCUUGCUCUGCUAGAGCGCGUCGACUGUAAAGACUAUGUUGGGAUCUACGCGUGCGAUGAAUGGUCGUCUGUGAAGCGUUUCGCACUCCCAACGAACGACGCAGAAAACAUCGCGUGGUCACCGGACGGGCAGUACAUUGCGGCUUGGGAGUCUAUGCUCGAGUACAAAGUAUACAUCCACCACCCCGACGGACGGCUAGCAGGCACCUACUCGGCCUACGAUUCUGGGCUCGGCAUCAAGACUGUGCAGUGGUCGCCGUCUGGGCAGUUUCUGGCGGUUGGAAGUUAUGAUCAGAAGGUCCGCCUGCUAAACUACUACACCUGGAAACCUAUCCUGGAGUACACGUACCCGAAGGAGAUCUCUGACCCGGAGACCACGAUAUUUAGAGAACGGAACUCGGACGCGGAGGAUGGGGCUGGUGGUGGGCCGUGGCCGCAGCCGCCGACGACGGAGAGUGGAGGCCAGCAGCCGAAGAUUCAAUACGAAAUUGUGCCGACACCAUUCGCGAUCCAGCACGUAGUACGGCCCGACCCCGACAAGCCCAAUCCAAAGCUAGGCAUCGGGAUGCUCGAGUUCAACCCCACAGGGCAAUUCGUCGCCGUGCGGAACGACACCCACCCAACAACCCUCCACAUCCACGCCCUGCACCCCCCAACCUCGCACCGCCUAAUCCUGCACCAUACCCACCCAAUUAAGCGGAUCCAAUGGAACCCGCAACACCCGACGCGGCUGGCGAUCUGCACGGCGUCGCUGGCGGUGUAUAUGUGUGAUGUGGAUGUGGGGAUGCGGAAUGCGACCUGUGAGGCUGUUGUUGUGCCCGCUGCAAAUUUCCAAACACACCACCUUACAUGGAACCCCUCCGGCACGUCGCUGGCGUUGUUGGAUAAGGAUAAGUUUUGUCUUGCGUUUCUUGUGCAGGAGGAUGAGGAGGGGGGUGAGGGGGGUGAUACCCGUACGUAUGGGGAUGAUGCUAGGGGGUUUGAGAGGGGGUAUGAGGAUGAUGGUGAGGAUGGGCGGGGGACGGGGAGGUGA